AGCACUGAUUAAUGUACUUGCACGUGAAUUCAUGGCCAAGAGAAGGGAAGGUUAGGUAGUAUCAAAUCUGGAGAGUAGCAACAGUAUCUAUCUAGAAGGUGCCUUCCUUGGGUAUUAGAAUGUAUAGGUAGGUAGGCAACCACCACUGGUACACUAGCUCGUAACUUCUAUUAUCAUAGUAUUAUGUAGCAUAGCUAAUGUAGCAACUCAAACUUUCUCCCUUUCGUAUCAAACAAAAGGAAAUCAGGCUCAUCACGUAGUUGAUUAAAUCAUCAGUUAGUCUUUAUCAUCACCAACUGAGUCGGCAUUCGUUACAAAUUUCUCAGGGGUGUUGACGUGAACACUGAUACCCUACACCCCCUAUACUUUGUCACAUCCUAUUUUGCUUCUGUCUCAUCUCCUCAUCCUAUUUCACUAUGAUGCGGUCAAGAGAGGAAACGGAAAGGCUCACUAAGGUCGCGAGACUGGAGGGCAAGCUUCAACGUCCCGAAAAUAAACUGAACGCAUUGAGGCUUCUCCAAGUGCUCAUAGUCAAGGAAAUACACAAUGCUAAAACUCAGAUGGGUCUAAUCGAGGCCAGAUUUGAAAAGCUUCAAGAAGCCCACGCUGUGGAAGGCAUUCGCAACGAAGCCAUAGAGAAGCAACUAGAGGAGGUUCGGAAGGACAAGGCGAGUUUCAGUCUGCUGCUAUCAGAAGCGAAGACAACAACACAAGAUACGAAAGAUGGCCUCGAGAGCCUCCGUGAAAAGGUUAGCGAUGAAUUUUUCAAACUGACAGCCGACAACGCCAGGUUCAGCAAAGAUAUCAAGACACUUAACAGACAGGUUGGUUGCCACCAAGGACGACUCGGCGUUGUUGAAGAGGCCCUCGAUGGCUUUUGCGCGAAAGUGGCGGAAUCGCGGGAAGAGGUUACCAAACUAAACGAUACCUUGUCUCGAUUAGAACCCAUGGUGAAAUCCAUGUAUGGGAAACUUGACGGAAUAUCUUCAGUUACUAUGGACCAAAAAGAAGCGCUACGAGAGACUGUGAACGAUCAUGCCCGGAUCCGCCAGUUCCUCGACUCCUUUGUCCCCAGACAGGAAGAGUUCUUCCAUUUCCUAGAGAAGCUUCCCGAGGCAAACUCUUCUGCGGCGUUGGGCGGUAAGAUUUGUCUACUACGAACUAUACCUACCUAUGGUGCUUAUCAGAAGGCUAACCUCUUCUUGACUUCAAUAGAAAGUUUAUGGGGCAACUCUAACCACCCAGCAAGCUCUGCCUCAUUCACACCUCAGCCGCCACCGAAAGCGCACCAAAUGCUGGAGCAGUAUAACCACUUCAGCAGCUCCUACCGGUUCAAGCGUCCCAAGAGCGAAGCCAGGUUCAUCCGAGCAUUUCUCAAGAAAAUCGAUCACAGAGCGGCAUGGCUGAUUCAGAUCAAGCUCCACCAGGAAUACCCCGACCUAGCGUGCCAGCUGGAAGGGGGCGCUGAGAUAAGCAGGAAGAGGAAAGUGAUCUUCUUCAUCAGCUUUGAAAGACUUUGCUGGGAGCACGUCAAGGCCAUCAUGCGUGGGAUCGACGGCAAGCAACUGUUCAAGCUCCUGGAGGCGGAGGAGGGGCCGGACACGGAAACGGACAUACCGCCACCUCAAUUUCUACCUCAACAUCUACCUCUACCUCAGCCUCUACCUCAACCCCAACCUCUGCCACGCAGAUCCACUAGAAGGGCGCACCAUAACUAACCUUGUUCCCCUUUAGCUCACUCUCUAGUCUUUAUCACCAUGGGGAA